CCCUACAGUACACCGCGCGCGCGCGCCGCCCCUUCCAUUGCCAUCAGGUGCCUUGUGCGCGAACCUUGCCGGCCAAACCGUUAACGUCUGCCGUACUUUGUGCACGCGCCUCUCCUUGCAGUACCUAUCAGGCGCCCCUUCUAUCCCACUCCCUCCCUCGCCGCCAUUGCUCGCAGGACGCUCAGAGUCCAGCUGUCAAGAGUUCAACAAUCCGAAAAUAGACACUGCGCCCAGCAGCGGUUACCUGGGCACUCUGUGCCCUUUAUCCCUGUCCCGGUCCCUUCCUGGGGCUGAGGACCCAGCAGUAGGACUCAGUUUCCUUGAGCCUGCUGCCCGCAUCCCUCACUUCAUUGGCUUGCGGGAUCUCUCCGUUGCUCCUGCCCCUUGACGGAGUGGCAAGCCUUCCUACCCAGACACUUGUAAUCAGCCUGGUGUUGAAACAACUCCAAGGAUUUACUCUUCAAACCCUGUCUUCUGUACGGCGAUCCUGCCUUCAAUUUGAGGCCCAGGUACCACAGCAAGCCAGUGCCCUAAGGACUCUCAGAGAGGCCCUGGAGAAGGCCUGGGCCCCUGCAGAGAGACCUCCAUACCCAGAGGUCAAAAAUGCCAUCUGAAAAGAAAUCCCAGCCAUCCGGGAUGAGCUACUGCCGCAACUCCAUCUCCAGCUCCUACAGCUCCGCGGGAGGCUUCCCGUGGGUAAAGAGGGGGAAGGGGCCAGCCUCAUCCAACUGCCAGCUGCCCCUCACUUCUUCAAAGGCAGUGACUGAGGUCAACCCUCAGGCUGUCUCUCAGGGUCAGGCCCAGUCUGAAAAGGCAGCAGAUUCAGCACCUGGGGAGAAACUGGCUUCCAGGAGUGGCUCCCCGACAUCUCAGGCCUCUAGGCCUCAUAGACGAAAGCACCCUCUGCUACGACGCAGGCGAGGGGAGCCUCUGAGGCUGCCAUCUCCCCUACAGCUGGGGUUUCGGGUCACUGCUGAAGACCUGGACCUGGAGAUAAAGGCCGAAAUCAUGUGCCUUAAUUGUGCACUGCAGGGUGAGGAAAAGUCCCUCUGGGAGUGCAGAGCCUCACUGCUGUCCCAUGCUUUGGGACUGGCAACAGGGACGUCUUCUCUGCCUGCUGUCUCUAAAGCAUCCAGCACAGAGGCACAGCAGGAGAGACGCAAGUCCCAUGAUGGCCUGGACCCCGUGGCCCUCCAAGUAUCUGCUGCAGGGUCCCCCUCCAGACCUCCUGUGUCUGGGAGGAACUGCAGGUCAGCAGGUCCCCUGUUAUCCUCCUCAGACACCCUUCCUGCCACCUCUGCACAUUCCCAGGCCUCAGCCCAGGCCUCCUUGUCUGCUCCAACACAGCCAGACCAGGGAACUACAACACACUUAGCUGCAGGGGCUUCCUUACCCACCACUUCCACCUCAAGCCCCCGCACCAAAAGAAAGUCGACCUGGGCUGCAGACCUGGCUGGGAGCCUUCCUGACCCAUCUUCUGCCUCUCCCACCACCACCCUGGCCAGACAGAGGGUCAGUGAUUUCACCGUACUACAGAAACUUGAUGGUGUUGCUGCAGCCAUUACCCAACCCAAACCUGUGGUCUUUCAUGGACAGCAGCAAGGAACCCGCACCUUGAAGCGGUUUCAUCCAUAUUUCUGCCCAGCUGCUUCAGGUGCAGCCCAGGCCUCAUCUUCUGCUCCAACACAGCCAGCACAGGGAACCACAGCACCCUCAGCUGCAGGGGUUACCUUACCCACCACUUCCACCUCGAGCCUGGCUGGGACACUUUCUAACCCAUCUUCUGCCUCUCACACCACCACCCUGGCCAGACAGAGGGUCAGUGAUUUCACUGUACUACAGAAACUUGAUGCUAUCGCCACAGCCAUCACCCAGCCCAAACCUGUGGUCCUUCAUGGACAGCAGCAGGGAACCCGCAACUUGAAGCAGCCUCAUCCAUCUUCCCAUCCAGCUGCUUCAGCUGCAGCCCAGGCCUCAUCUUCUGCUCCAACACAGCCAGCCCAGGGCACCACAGUGCCCUCAGCUGCAGGGGUUUCCUUACCCACCACUUCCACCUGGAGCCUGGCUGGGACACUUUCUAACCCAUCUUCUGCCUCUCUUAUCACCACCCAGGCCAGACUGACGAUCAGUGGUCCCACCUCACUACCAAAAGUUGUCGUGACUGCUGCAGCCACCACCCAGCCAAAACCUGUGGUCCUUCAUGGACAGCAGCAGGGAACCCGCUCCUUGAAGCAGCCUCAUCCGUCUUCCCAUCCAGCUGCUUCAGCUGCAGCCCUGGCCUCAUCCUCAGCUCCAACACAGCCAGCCCAGGGCACCACAGCACCCCCAGCUGCAGGGGCUUCCUUACCCACCACUUUCACCUGGAGCCUGGCUGGGACACUUUCUAACCCAUCUUCUUACUCUCUUAUCACCGCUAUGGCAAGACUAACGAUCAGUGGUCCCACCUCACUACCUAAAGUUGCCGUGACCACUGCAGCCACCACCCAGCCCAAACCUGUGGUCCCUCAUGGACAGCAGCAGGGAACCCGCUCCUUGAAGCAGCCUCAUCCAUCUUCCCGUCCAGCUGCUUCAGCUGCAUCCCUGGCCUCAUCUUCUGCUUCAACACAGACAGCCCAGGGCACCACAGUGCCCUCAGCUGCAGUGGUUUCCUUACCCACCACUUCCACCUGGAGCCUGGCUGGGACACUUUCUAAGCCAUCUUCUGACUCUCUCAUCACUGCCAUGGCCAGACUAACGAUCAGUGGUCCCACCUCACUACCGAAAGUUGCCUUGACCGCUGCAGCCACCACCCAGACAAAACCUGUAGUCUUUCAUGGACAGCAGCAGGGAACCCACUCCUUGAAGCAGCCUCAUCCAGCUGCUUCAGCUGCAGCCCAGGCCUCAUCUUCUGCUCCAACACAGCCAGCCCAGGGCACCACAGCACCCUCAGCUGCAGGGGCUUCCUUACCCACCACUUCCACCUGGAGCCUGGCUGGGACACUUUCUAACCCAUCUUCUGCCUCUCUCAUCACCACCCAGGCCAGACUAACAAUCAGUGGUCCCACCUCACUACCGAAAGUUGCCUUGACCGCUGCAGCCACCACCCAGCCCAAAGCUGUGGUCCUUCAUGGACAGCAGCAGGGAACCCAUGGCUUGAAGCGGGCUCGUCCGUAUUCAGAUCCAGCUGCUUUAGCCUUGAGCUCCCCCACCAAAAGAAAGUUGACCUGGGCUGCAGGCCUGGCUGGGACCCAUUCUAAGCCAUCUUCUAACUCUCUCAUUACCACCGUGGCCAGACUGACGAUCAGUGGUCACACCUCACUACCAAAAGUUGCCUUGACCGCUGCAGCCACCAUCCAGCCCAAACCUGCAGUCCUUCAUGGACAGCAGCAGGGAACCCGCGGCUUGAAGCGGGCUCGUCCGUAUUCAGAUCCAGCCGCUUUAGCCUUGAGCCCCCCAACCAAAAGAAAGUUGACCUGGGCUGCAGGCCUGGCUGGGACCCUUUCUAACCCAUAUUCUGCCUCUCUCAUCAACGCCCCGGCCAGACCAAGGGUCAGUGGUCACACCUCACUACGGAAACUUGCCGUUAUGGCUGCAGCCAUCACUCAGCCCAAACCUGCGGUCCUUCAUGGACAGCAGCAGGGAACCCACGGCUUGAAGCGGGAUCGUUCAUAUUCAGAUCCAGCCGCUUUAGCCUUGAGCCCCCCAACCAAAAGAAAGUUGACCUGGGCUGCAGGCCUGGCUGGGACCCUUUCUAGCCCAUCUUCUGCCUCUCUCAUCAAUGCCCUGGCCAGACCGAGGGUCAGUGGUCGCACCUCACUACGGAAACUUGCCGUUAUGGCUGCAGCCAUCACUCAGCCCAAACCUGCGGUCCUUCAUGGACAGCAGCAGGGAACCCACGGCUUGAAGCGGGAUCGUUCAUAUUCAGAUCCAGCCUCUUUAGCCUUGAGACCCACCCCCCACCAAAACAAAGUUGGUGCCAGGCUAUCCCAGGCAAAUUCUAGGCCAGGCUAUCCCAGGCAAGGCAAGGCAAGGCUAUUCCAGGCAAUGCCAGGCAAGGCAAGGCAAGGCAAGAAACAGCAAUGCAAUCCCAGGCAAUGCAAGGCAAUCCCAGGAAAGGCAAUUACAGGAAAGGCAAUUUCAGGCAAGGCAAGGCAAGACAAGGCAGGAAAAGGAAAUUCAAGGCAAGGCAAUUGCAGGUAAAACAAGGCAAGGUAAUUCCAGGGAAGGUAACUCCAGGCAAGGCAAGGCAAGGCAAUUCCAGGCAAGACAAGGCAUGGCUAUUCCAGGCAAUGCAAGUCAAGGAAAGGCAAAAUAAUCCUGGCAAGGCAAGGCAAGGCAAAGCAAGGCAAUGCAAUCCCAGCAAAGGCAAUCACAGGAAAGGCAAUUUCAGAGAAGGCAAGGCAAGACAAGGCAUGGAAAGAAAAUUAGAUGCUAGGCAAUUGUAGGUAAAACAAGGCAAGGUAACUUCAUGGAAGGUAACUCCAGGCAAGGCAAGGCAAGGCAGUUCCAGGCAAGACAAGGCAAGGCUAUUCCAGGCAAGGCAAUUUCAGGCAAUGCAAGGAAAGGAAAGGCUAAAAUUUCCAGGCAAGGCAAGGCAAGGCAGGGAAGGGCAGGGCUGGGCAGGGCAGGGAAGGGCAGGGAAAGGUAAGGGAAGGCAAGGCAAAAGGCAAAAGGUAAAAGGCGGCAAAAGGCAAAAAAGGCAAAAGGCAAGGCAAGGCAAAAGGCAAAAGGCAAGGUAAGGCAAGGCAAGGCAAGGCAAGUCCAAUUGAGGCAACUCAAAUUCAGACAAAGCAAGACAAUUCCACAGAAGGCAAUCCAAGGCAAGGCAAGGCAAUGCAAGGCAAGCCAAUUUCAGGUAAGGCAAAGAAAGGCAAUUCCAGGCAAGUCAAUUCGAGGCAAGGCAAUUCCAGGCAAUGCAAGGCAAGGCAAGAGAAGGCAAUGCCAGGCAAGGCAAGGCAAUGCAAUCCCAGGUGGUGCAAUGCAAUCCCAGGCAAGGAAAUUACAGGAAAGGCAAUCUCAGGCAAAGCAAGGCAAGACAAGGCAAAGAAAGAAAAUUCAAGGCAAGGCAAUUGAAGGUAAGGCAAGGCAAGGUAAUUCCAGGGAAGGUAACUCCAAGCAAGGCAAGGUAAGGCAAGGCAAUUCCAGGCAAGACAAGGCAAGGC